AUGAAGUAUUCAUCCACUUUCCUAGUACCUGCCCUGGCGGCUGUUGUCAACGCCCAAACAGCUCCCGACUUUCCUGUGCAAGUCGACACUCUAUUGGUGGUAGACUACCAAAACACUUCGAUAAGUGUUGAACCUGCCGGUGUCACCCUAAACCGAGAUGACAUCCUAGAGACGCCCGUUGCCCUAGGACAAGCUGGGGCCACUAAACAAUCGACAUACAUCUUGUUUAUGGUGGAUCAGGACGUUGAGGCAACACCAGGCGAGCCAAGAGUUCAACUGCUACACUAUUUCCAACCCAACCUCUUUGGCUCGUCAGAGGUCCUCUCCUUCGACGCUGAAGCCGAGAAUGCGACGACGGCAGUCGGUGCGACUUAUAUCCCACCAACACCGCCGGCCGGCGAUGGUCCUCACCGAUACAAUCUUUUGCUGUACAUUCAACCGGAAGGCUUCACUGUACCCAGUCAAUUUGCUUCUAUCGACCCACCCGCUGAUGUAAACGCAAGAAUCGGCUUCGACAUGGCAGGAUUCGCUGAGGCAGCAGGGCUCGGUGCGCCCAUUUCUGGGGUGUGGUUCCAGGUGGAGAACAACGAGGGCGGUUCGAGUGGCAGCACCAGCUCUGGUAGUGCUUCUGCAACAACAAGCGGCUCUGAAUCCACCAGCACUGAUGCUGGGUCCGCCACCACCGGUGGUACAGACUCAACAGCUACGCAAACACAAGAAUCUUCUACUACCUCAGGGUCUUCCACUUCGGCAACUGGCGCGUCCUCUACAGGCAACGCUGCUGGUAUGCUCGACGCGCGCAGUGAAAACCAGAAGGCGCUUCUGGGGCUUUCGGUCCUGGCAGGAGCUGCGUUCUGGAUGUUUUAG